AUGAGCUCGAAAGUUGUUAGUUUUUUGGUGUGGCACCUUUUAGUUGUCGCGUGUCUGGUCAAAGGGGAUUAUAGGAAUGAUGGGGGAUUUAUGCCGAGUCCUAGCUACCGGACGGAAGAUCAGCUAGCGGAGCCCUCAGCUAGGGUGGACAAGAGUCGAGAGGACCGGGAGAGGGACAACCAGCCUGAGAGGACGCAGAGGUUCGGUAUCUCUACCUAUGGGAGCACUGGGGCACAGGGUCCUUACGGCGGCACGGCUCCCGGCUUGUACGGUCCAGUGAAGAUAGACCUUGGUGGCGUGCUCAUAGGGUCCAUUCUGGGCUUCGGAGCUGUCAUCAUCCUGCCUAAGAUCAUACAUGCACUGUCUUAUGGAUACGGAGGAUAUGGGCGAAGCUUGGAACCCGACCUGCAGCAAGCGUCCGACAUGCUGAACAAGCUGGAUGAGACGCUCAGUCGGUACAACAUCGACUCUGCAGCGUGCAUGCAACGACUCGCGUGCUCAUACGUGCAGCUUGCCAACGAGAACAUGGUUACUGGAAAUGCCACUGACUUCGAUGCUUUGCUCUCUAACUUAUCCAGCAACUCUCUGAUCCGACGUAUGCUAGACGGGACGACAAUUUACGAGGCAAUAUCAGCUGGACAGUCGUUGGACAACAACUGUCAGACAUUGUACCCCAAGUGCAAACUGGACAAGAAGACUGUCGUCAAAAUGCUAACUCAACUGGUCCCGUCAUAACGUAAAUAUUUUGUACAGGCAAUUGAAUAUGGAGCAUCGGAUAAUACUAAUUAAAACAAAGAUAUUGUAUUGCAAAUAAUAUGAAAAAUCCGAAGAAAUACUUCUUUUCUAUAGUUUUUAAGAGCUGUUGGUUUCCCAAAUAUUAAAUCAUCAUUAUCAGCUGUACGACGCUCAUUGCUGGGCAUAGGCCUCCCCCAAGGAUCUCCACGACAAUCGGUCCUGCGCUGCCCACAUCCAGCGGCUUCCCGCGACAUUCACCAGAUCGUCGGUCCACCUUGUAGCCGGCCUACUCACUGAGCGUCGUCCGACACGCGGUCGCCUUUCGAGAACGAGAAAGAAAGGAAAGAAGAAAAUAUUAAAUAAAUAAAUAAAAAUAUAUACUUCAUUUUGCAGAGGUGAUAAUAACGGGCGAUCAUUUGUAGCGGUCUUAAAAGCUAAUUAGUUGUAAAUACAUUUUCAUAGAAUAAUUUAGAACACAUAAUUGCAAUUUAGACGUAAUAUUAUGGAUUAGGUAUCCAUAUCCGAUGCUACCAGAAUCAUAAUGCCCCACCCU